AUGCAGCUGUUGCGCAAAAGGCGCACCUUUGUUUGCAUGCAGACUACUUCUGGUGGUCUCAAGCAGCUUGUGAGCCACAACUGUCACCCGCAUGUCCCGAGCGAGUUUGACCACCUGGACUUCAGCAUGAAGGCGCAAGUGAAGGCGAACAUCACCACGAUCCGCAAGAUUGGCGAAGCUGUGAGGGACUACUCUGACGAACUGCCCUUCGACGUGGAGUCUACGCAGUGGCUGCGGUCACCGCAGAUACUUCAUUGGGUCUCUGGCAACGGGGAUGGCUUCGAAGCAAAUCGUCGUGUGGUGGAGGAGUGGGGCCCGGCGGCAUCGAAGGAUCUUGGUAUGGAUCAGGUUGCGACGCUGGGUGUGGUAGAGGUUGGCGACAAUGUGAGCGACCGAAGGUUCCUUUUGGAGACCUUUGGCAUGUUCGCACUCGAAGGCAUAGACGGAGGAUCCAUGCCCGGUCGAAGUUUGCGCAUCGACAUCAAGAAGGAGUUCGACCCCAAGUACUUCAUGCCGUACGUACCAGGCUAUUUGGUUUACGGACAAGGUGACCUGGCGCUUUUCACGAUCAGGGCUGCGCCAGAAGAUGCACGCAUGACGGUUCCGAGCGACGGGGCUGGACAGGCCAGCAUGCUCUGCGAUGAAUUGGUGAAGGUUCUCCAUGGCCUUGGGGGCAGCUUCGAUGACGUGAUCGUGGGCUGGGCACGUGUUCCCUUUCUGAAUGAAGAUGAAGAGGCUGUGCUGAUGACUCGUUCCAAGAAGGGCCUCCAGCGACCUCUUGCCGAAUCUGUGCUGGGCUUGGCAGCUUCCGAUCAGCUCGGCAACGCGCAUGACGGAGCGCCAUGGCGCCUCGAAUAUGUCAUCGUGGCCCAGAUUCGGCCCGAUGAUGCGUGA